AUGCCCACCUCAAGACCGACGACCAUCGCUUGGAUCGCUAGGGUCACGGCCGAAGUCGGCCCAACGCCAGCUACAUACGCAAACCAGCACGCCAAAUGUCUAUUGGACCAGCCUUUACCUGGCAUCUGCUUGAUCCUGGCGAGCCGUGAUGGCCGCUGCCUGAGUAUUGCACAGUGCUACAGCUAA